CGGCACGCCGGCCGCCGCGUGACAAUUGUGUCCAUGUAUAUGUGGUGCGCUCUUUGUGGCAGCCCGCCGGAAUCGUAAAAUCGAGGAUCGUUAUUUCUUAACAAGGGUCAUCGUCAAGAGAUAAAAAAGGAGAGCAGGUGCACCGUCUUGCGUGGAGUGGCGCGAAGUCACCUCUAAGAACGUUACAUUUUUAGGGGGGGUGAGAAGAGGGGGGGACGAGGAAGAGAGAUUUCGAGAGGUGAAACUCUACAUCCGGUACGCGUGCGUGUGUAUUGUGCAUAGGAGUGUGUAUGGGAGGGAAGAUUGGAGUGAGUUUCGAAGAAACGAAGACAGCGACGGCGAACGCGACAACGACGGGAUAUAUUGCGACGGACGACACCCGGAACGAGCGAAAUCCUGACGGACUCGACGCGAGCCGAGUGAAAACUCAACGAAUUUAUUUCCGCGCGCGGAGACGCUCAUGCGGCACCGGCUGCGAGCACUGAUGGGCAAGUAGCCGCUUCCGCUUCUGCGUCGAAAAGAGACACCACGCGAAACUGAUCGGCCGAUCAGCGAGCGACCGUUGAGCGAUCGUUGGACCUAUCGAGUGCGACAAGAAUAUCCUAGCCCGACAAUGAGUUCUUGGAUGAAUUGUCCGUCCUCGUUGCUGCUGCUGCUGCUGUGCCUCAGCCUGCACAGCGCGUGCAUCACGCGAGCGAACGUCGCCAACGGCCAGCACGGCCAGGAUGGCCAGAACGGCGGCAGCGGCAACGGUGGCAACGGCAACAACCACGGCUACGACGACAGUCCCAUAGUGGAGACUACCAGCGGCUUCAUGCGCGGUCUCUCCCGCACGGUGCUCGACCGCGAGGUACACGUGUUCUACGGGGUGCCGUUCGCGAAACCGCCGAUCGGGCCGCUGCGGUUCCGCAAGCCGCUGCCGAUCGAAUACUGGCACGGGACACUGAACGCCACCACGCUGCCCAACAGCUGUUAUCAGGAGCGCUACGAGUACUUCCCCGGCUUCGAGGGCGAGGAGAUGUGGAAUCCGAACACCAACAUCUCCGAGGACUGUCUCUACCUCAACAUCUGGGUGCCGCAGAAGUUACGGAUACGCCAUAAGAAUGUGGUGCCGGUGGCGAACGACGACGGCAUGGCGAUGCUGGUGUGGAUCUACGGCGGCGGUUUCAUGAGCGGCACCGCCACCCUCGACGUCUACGACGCCGACUUCAUGGCGGCGGCCAGCAGCGCGAUCAUCGUGUCGAUAAAUUAUCGCGUCGGUGCCUUCGGCUUUCUGUAUCUCAAUCAGCACUUCACCAAUAGCGAGGAGGCGCCGGGCAACAUGGGUCUCUGGGAUCAGGCAAUGGCGCUCAGGUGGCUGCGCGACAACGCGCGCGUCUUCGGCGGCGAUCCCAAUCUGAUCACGAUAUUCGGCGAGUCCGCGGGUGGUAGCUCGGUGUCCCUGCAUCUAAUCUCGCCGGUCACGCGGGGUCUCGUGCGCCGCGGUAUCCUGCAGAGCGGCACCCUUAACGCCCCGUGGAGCUACAUGACCGGCGAGAAGGCGAACGAGGUGGCGCGUGUGCUGGUGGACGAUUGCGGAUGCAACUCGACGAUGCUGCAGGAGAAUCCGGCGCGAGUUAUGGCAUGCAUGAGGUCGGUGGACGCGAAAACCCUCUCCGUGCAGCAGUGGAACAGUUACUGGGGCAUCCUCGGCUUCCCGUCGGCGCCCACCAUCGACGGCGUCUUCCUGCCCAAGGAUCCGCUGGAUUUGGUCAGGGAGACGGAUUUCGAUGAGACCGAGAUCCUGAUUGGAAAUAACGAGGACGAAGGAACCUAUUUUAUUCUAUACGACUUUAUCGACUUCUUCGAGAAAGAUCAGGCCAGUUCCAUAGAUCGAGAGAAGUUUCUCAACAUUAUUCAUACCAUCUUCAAAAAUAUGUCGCAAAUUGAACGAGAAGCCAUCAUUUUCCAAUAUACCGAUUGGGAUCGGAUAAAGGAUGGCUAUUUGAAUCAGAGAGCGAUAGCGGACGUCGUGGGGGAUUAUUUCUUCAUCUGCCCAUCCACAUAUUUCGCGGAAUUAUUCGCGGCCCGCGGUAUGAACGUCUACUACUACUUCUUCACACAGAGAACAAGUACGAAUGUGUGGGGCGAAUGGAUGGGCGUGAUGCAUGGUGACGAAGUGGAAUACGUCUUUGGGCAUCCCCUGAACUCGUCGCUGAAAUACACCGACAAAGAGCGAGAACUGGCUUUGGAAAUGAUUUUGUACUAUUCGCGAUUUGCGUACACAGGGAAGCCAACGCAGUCCGAGUCCGACUGGCCGCCUUAUACCAAGGAACAUCCGGAGUACUUUAUUCUGAACGCGGAAAAGAAGGGUUUCGGCAAAGGUCCUCGCACGACAGCCUGCGCAUUUUGGAACGACUUCCUGCCGCGACUAAAGGGGAUACCAGACCCCACGCCCGAGGCGUGCAAGACCGCGAUGGCGUCAAGCGUUUCUGCGGGUGCGGGCAAGCUGCGUGGUUCACCGAUCGUGUCCAUCCUCUUACUUCCGGUGCUGGCGGUAUAUAGAUUCAUAUAAGCGGUUAAUCACCCAUGUCGACAAACCCUUUUCACGGAUGGCAGGUAACUGGCUGGACAGAGACGCUCCACUGGCGCCACCGUCCAACAAACAGGUCCUAUAACGAGCGUUGUUUACGCUUCAAGGUCGCAUUAGCGGUCGUGAACCAUUCGUAGAUCGAUAGGUCGCCGUAGAACGUAUGCUACCGUCGUGCAGCAGCAGUUAGAGUCCGUUUUCACUGUGUCGUUAUGUCACCAGGUAGCACAGCGCGACGUUUGCGAAUGAUAAUCAGAUGCUCCGUGUCCCGGGGUGCGCCGCUUCGAGGUAGCCGAUCGAUCUACGUGCCGCGAUCCGCGACCGACGACGACGCGAUACUCGCGUCGAGUCCGAGAAAUUCGAAGGAGCCGUCGAACGAUCGGCGCCGAUAGGAUUCGAUUUCGACAAUUCGCACUUAGGCAUACUCCACCUCCGUGCAGCUUCAAUAUUGAUCUGCUUCCGGUUCCGAUUCUAUCUCUGAUUCGCCGUCUCGUACAGAGUCUCUUACGAUUCUCACCGAUUUCUGGAUUCGAUCGGUCCGAUCGUGAAUUUAUAUCACAAUUUCGUAACCGAUUUCUGAAUGAAUCGCAGUUUUAAGGACAAUGUGAUCUAACAUCGAGUCAUCGGACCGAUUGUCUAAGAAUCGUUGCUAUUUAAUCGCAAGAGCGGAUAUAAUUGUUAAGAAAAUAUGAAACUGAAUCCUUCAUUCGACCUUGGACAUAAAAAAAAAAAGCCAUUUCGUAGCACAGACUAAACAGACGAUCGUAAAUCGUUGUUCGACACGGGUGUGGGAAAUGCAGAUGGUAAGCUACCUCGAUCUCGCAGCAGCAUCUCGCAGUAAACACACGAGAUUUAAUGGCUUAUAUAAUUGAUGAUCGAGCGCGCUACAAUUUCGGGAUUUACUGAACUUCGCACGGGAUACGAUUAAACGUAGAUCAGAUUUCGGUCUAUUGCGUGCUGCAAUAAACUUGGUAAUAUAUAUAUAUAUUUGUAACGGGUCACGAUAAGCUCUGUAACGGUGGCGCGAUCAAUCCCCUCGUUACUAAGGAAGCAGCUGCGACCGGCGCAACAUCUUGCAACGUAUUUGAUCUCCUAGUUUGCAGCGUAGUCGAUCGUCUAGCACGACCAAAUCGUGUAUGCGAGACCAAUUUCAGAGCUGAAGGCGACAGAAGGGAAAUGACGAGAACGGUAAAUAGCGAGUGCGCAGCGGAAGAAAAUUGGCUGGCGCGCUUAAAAGACCGCGAUUAACGCUGAAUUCAGCGAGUUGCGUAGAGCGAGCGAUUAGUAUCACGUCAAUUUUCACCGUCGAUCGCGAAAGAGACGCGUUAAAAAAAGAAAUUCUCGAGCGUCGGCCGUUUCCAAUGAGAGAAGUUGCGCGUUGGAUUAUAAGUCAAGGCGGUAGCGCAAAAUUUAAAUGCGUAUGUUGAACUAGGACAAAAUCAGCUGGUCACGUUAGUUGUAUCUGCGCAUAUUGACAAUACAUUGAUGACAAAGCGUAAUUUCGCAGGAAGGAAGGAGAUUUCGGAAUAAUAAUUGAAUAUUUCAGCAAAUUUGGGAAUCUUGGAAAUACGAUUCAUCGUUAAUUGUAUAUUGCAUUUCCGAUAUAAACGAUUUUUCUUGAAAGGACUUUUUAGAAAAGUUUAGGAAUAAUCGAUUUUUAUGUGUGGCCGAUUACGUCACGAAACAAACCAAAAUAAGCACCGAUUUUAUUAUAAGUAAAUUAGUAGUCUUUACACAAUUAGGAUGAAUCUUAGAACGUCACAAAAGUUUAGAACAAGCGAUUCCAUUCUUCAGAUAAAGCAUUUAUCUUUAGCAGUCACUCUAGAUGCAGAGACCAGUGUGAACACUAUUCUAGAAAAACUAAAUUAAUUUUGAAAAUAUUGUAACGACUUGAAGACCUAAUAGAUAAUAGCAAUCCGCUAGUCGUAACCAUCGCACAAACUGUCGGCUCUAAAUUGUCUCUUCGCAAUAAACAUUUAUUUUAAGAACAAUAGAGUCAGCGUGGAAAGAAUUACCGGCGAGAUAACCGAUGUGUCCCGCACGAAAAGUUACAUCUUCAUCUAACUGCUCAACGACUUUGUAAGAAAUUUCGCUCUGCUCUCCAUAAUUCAUUACACAAUGAGUGGUCAUAAAGUGACCCGGGGGAAUAGAAGAUUAAUAAAUUCCGAAAGCAAACAGGGCGAGCCAUGAAGCGGAGCGCAACAAUGAAAUUUGCGGUCGCAAAAUUUUCAAUUUUCAACUAAUUAAAAUGACUCGGGACCGUCACGAUAAUAAAGUAUUCCGUGUACAUAUAGGAAAUUGAAUUAUUAUCCGGCGUCUUCGAUACUUCGCAAAGUACUUCAUUUCGCUCUCCUCAUAAUUCACCGCGCGAUGAAUCGCCGUAAAGCUAUAUACCUGUCUACGAUAACAACAACAAAUACGUGAUUUUCGAAAUCGAGUGAGAGAGAGCCAUUGAGUAGCGGCAACGCGGUGGAAAGUGAAAUCGAUAGUUUCCGCGCGAGACUUUCAAUUUCCCAGCAAUUAGAGCGAUCUGGAACUCAGCUCGCUGCCCAUUGAUCCAAUUGACCCGAUCGCACACAAGCGAGCCGGCCGAGACGGUUACGUAACUGAAAUUGCAUUCGUACGGAACGUAUCGCGGUACUGUGUGGAGCGAAAUGGACGGCACUCAUAUCAGUAAUCCUUAUCGGAGCGAAUUACAGCAUUGUUGUGUCCGUCCGCUUGUUUUCGCGGAAUCCGUAGCUUUCUCGUGCUGUCUCAGCGAAGCGCCCGGCCCCGAAAGCUUUCUCGUCGUAACCGAGAAGUCUGCGUGUUGAAAGAGAUGAAGCAGAGUAUAUCGUGUUCCGCGAGGCUUAAGAGUAUCUUUCGAGGAAAGCGGAUAAGACCCGGUGCGCACUUGGCCCGGUUUUCAGAUCGGAAAAAGGAAACAAAAGAGGGACGCGCCCGCGCGAAUCUUCAAAACCGUUUACGGAAAGAUGCACGCUGCUUGUGCGGAAUUGAACGAAUUCAAUCGUCGCUUAUCAUCGCGUCGAGAAAGUUUGACAACACCCCUUCCUCGCUGUGCUCCUCGCGAUAGAUACGAAAUUUCACGGCGCGUGACGAAACGUGAUGUCCGGCGCAAAACUCCGGGGCUAAUUUCGUUCGAGAAAAGUUUCAAGUACGCCGUGCGCCUGGUGAUUUCGUCGACGCGCAUUAAGCCGCGAGUCUCGAGUCGAGAACGUCGACGAGGGUGGAAAGAGGGUGGAGGCGCGGACGAUGGGGAGAUCCAAAAUCAAUUGCCCGGGUUUAUCCGUUUUAUUACUGACGACGCUUCGAACUUCCAUCUCGCGAUAAGAUCGCGGAGGUAAGUGGUUCCCGAUGCAAAUGCGCCGGAAUUUGAAGGUUACGAGCAAUGUGAAGGCGCAUUAAGGCUCUCGCGCAUUCGCGUUUAACAUUUUAUUGAGACGUAACCGCACUUGGACGCCCAGCUCUCGGCCGGCGGCAAUGAGAAUCUGAAUAAAAGCGCGUCGUAAAUUUCGGCGGAAUAGUACAAAUGUCAUAGCCGUUAGUGUCUAAGCGAGUUAUGCGUUGCUUCUUUUUUAUCGCCCGCAAAGCGAUUUUAAAUUGAAUGCAAAGAUCGUUAUUAAUGCUUACAUGUGUCGCGAUAAAACGCGCUCGCGGAAAGGAACGAAAAAAAUAUCAGGAGGAGUCCAUUCAGGAACUCGUCGUGCGAUUUAUGGCGGACAUGCAUAAGUACGAAGCUGAAAGUUUCAUUCAUAAUUAAUUAAACGAUGCAGUGUGUAUUAUAUCUGUGUAUUAUUAGUCAUCAAACGGUUAUUUAUCAUUUUGUUUUAUGAGCUUCUCAUUAAAUACUAUCUACUUUACAUUUAUAAAGAUUUUUUUAGCAUGUUAUUUUUUUAUUUAU